UCACGUUCGAAAAGCGACCUUGAGAGGAACACCCGCAAAAAUGGCCGACGAGCACUACAACGCCGAGGAGGCUGCCGAGAUCAAGAAGAAGAGACAGUUCCGCAAGUUCUCCUACCGCGGUAUUGACCUCGACCAGCUCCUCGACCUCUCCUCCGAGCAGCUCCGUGAUGUCGUUCACGCUCGUGCCCGCAGACGCUUCAACCGCGGUCUGAAGCGCAAGCCCAUGGGCCUCAUCAAGAAGCUCCGCAAGGCCAAGCAGGAGGCCAAGCCCAACGAGAAGCCCGACCUCGUCAAGACCCACCUCCGUGACAUGAUCAUCGUCCCCGAGAUGAUCGGCUCCGUCGUCGGUAUCUACUCCGGUAAGGAGUUCAACCAGAUCGAGGUCAAGCCCGAGAUGGUUGGUCACUACCUCGGUGAAUUCUCCAUCACAUACAAGCCCGUCAAGCACGGUCGUCCCGGUAUCGGUGCCACCCACUCUUCCCGUUUCAUUCCCCUCAAGUAAAGAAGAAAAGCUUUUCUGGGGAGUUGUGUGGAGGAAUUGGGCGUACGGAAGUGCUGGGAGAAUCUACGAAAAAAUGGAUGGAUACCAUAUGCAUUUCUCUGGGUUCAUCUAGUUGUAUGUCAAAUGCGGGUCAGCUGUUUGCAUCUCAAUAUAAAGGUCUUGUCGGCAUGAGAACGAACCAAAACCGGGGAGUCUUCGGAUUCUCGAUGACGGAGAUGUCCCAGGCCUCAGCCUGCCCGGGUUGAGGCCGCAGACUUUUGUCUUUAUAUUCCCGAGCGAAAGUCUAAUUUAACGAAUUCACCUUCAAA